AUGCGGCUGAGCUUUUGGGAGGUGAUUAUAUUGUUUCAGAUGCAGAUGGCCGUUCGGCAGGAGGGCUGCAACAUUCGGGCAGGAGACACAGUGAAUGAGGCAGGACAAACGGCAGACUUUGCAGCAGGAUCUGGUAAGUGCUGCUUGGAAUCAACAAGUGGAGACAUCAGCUGUUCCUCAUCCCAGUGAGUCAGCUCCCAACAACCUUGCCCCCACGGGGGAGGAUUUCAGAUUCCCCUGUUAGGAUUGAGUACCGGAGGCAUAGCGGGUCUAGGUCUACUAGCAGUUCUCCAGAGAGGGGCAGUGCAGGGGCUUCUUCGCACGCCCACGGCCCUAGGGGUCAGGACGUUAGUGGGAGAUUAAGCCACGGUUCCCACUCGGGAGAGAGGCAGGUCAGGGAUAUAUUCUUGGAGUGAGGGUAAGGGUGAGGAUGUGAAUUUUAGUCAGGUUUGGGUGCCAAGGGUGGAAGGUUUAGGGUCAAGUGCAGUUGGGGUCCCUGUUGUAGGAGGGUGCACAGGGGGCUGAUUUGGCAUCAAUUGAUUUAGGAAGUGAGCGGGCGAAUUUGACAGUGGGUAUUCCGGGUGCGGCUCGUCAGAACGUACACUUUUUCUUUGCAGGACCUUUCGGCUGUCAUCUUAAGUAUGAAGUAAAUUUGGAAAGGAGAGUUUGUGGAGAUCUAUGCCCUUCUUCCCUCUGGAGGAGUAUAUAGAUCUUAAAGAAGAGGAUAACAAGGAUACUAAGAAAGAAGAGGAGGAAAAGAAGUGUCGGUACCGUAAGAUUCCUAAGACGUUCGGCAAUUGGUUGAGGGCCUUUUGUAUUCUAGCUAGCAUGAUGGGGGAGAAGUCUCCAGAUCAUUGUUCCCAGUUAGUUUGCUACCUUGACGGUAUUUGGGAGGCAUUUUGCACGUACGGGGUCUCGAGUGGUGGCGUUAUGACGAACAGUUUUGUCAGCGCUUGUCUGCCAAUCCAGGGAUGCGGUGGGAUCAGAUGGACCUACAGCUCUGGAUUAAGCUAAUGAUGGCCCAGAAGGCCUCCCCCUUUCAUUUGGGGGCCAGCGCGGGAUCUUCCUCCACCUUGUCGGCCAGCCCAGAAAAGGUUUUUGCUGGCUCUUCACUUCAAUGAAGGGCAGUGCAAGUGGGGGGGCCACAUGUCGGUUUAAGCAUGAAUGCUCGGGUUGUGGAGGAACUCAUGGACUUCAUCGGUGCCUCAAAAGAGGCUGCAGGGGGUUCCUCGGAAGUUGCGGUCCCAUCCGCUGCCGGUGGGGUUAACGUCGUUGAAGGUCGGCGCGAUGUUGCCGUGGCUAAACAGAUACGGUAACCAGGUUGAUGCGUCAUUACUGAAGGAUGGUUUUACUAGUGGUUUUGUUAUCCCGUUUCGGGAGAGGGUGGUGGUUCCUCGACUUUAUAAUUUACAAUCGGUUGGGGAAUUUCCCGGGGUGGUGCGGGAAAAAUUAUUCAAAGAGGUCCAAUUGGGCAGGAUGGCAGGACCUUUUGUGGAACCCCCACUUCCUCAUCUUAGGGUUUCUCCUCUGUGGGUGGUGCCGGAAAAGGAACCUGGUAAGUACCGGUUGAUACACCAUAUUUCUUAUCCAAAGGGAUCAUCCGUAAACGAUGAUAUUGAUAAGCCCUUUGUUCCAUAUCAUAUGCGUCAUUUGAUCAGGCGGUUGAUUUGGUUCGGCGGGCAGGCCGCGGAUUCAUAGUUGGCCAAGGCAAAUGUGAAAUCGGCUAUUCGUAUCCUUCUGAUUCACCCUAAGUGUCAUAAUUUUUUGGGCUGUUAUUUUGAGGACAAGUAUUUUGAAGAUCUCUGUUUGCCCAUGGGCCUAUUUCCUGCACCUACUUUGAAAAAUGUAGCACCUUUUUGGAGUGGGUGGUCAGAGUCGAGACGGGAGACAAGCUCUGAGCUGUGGCGGGGGAUGGAGAGAAACGGGGGGUAGGUCGGAUUGAUAUGGGGUAAAAUGUUUAGUUCAGGGAAAAUAGGUAGGCCUUUGGACUGGUUUGGUAGGUUCGGGCUCAUUGGUAGCUCAGAACCUGGGGUAUCUUGGUAUACCCCUACAAUUGUGGAACUGUGAAUAUAGAUGCCCUUGGUGGCAAUGGUUAUGUGUUAAAUGGUGUUAUAAUGUUGUUGGGAUUUAUUGUUUAUGUAAGAGUGGGUCAUUGUCGGGGGCUUUAAUUGUAUAAAGGCAGGAUGCUGGAGUUACAUGUCAAUGUUGGCAUGGUGUUGACAAUGACCUUAAAUUUUACUUGUUAAAAACUUUUCAAUAGCAGCUAUGAUACAUUUUGCCAAAAACAUGGUGUCAGUGUUUUUAUGGGGAUUGGUGUUGGGGUUUAAGCAUUUGCUGCAGAGGCGACUAUGUACAUGUCAUGAAGAUUUGGGGUGACAGUGCCGCUUUAAUGCUUCUCUUGGGAACAUUAAAACUAUGUUUAAAACAUAAAUCAUAAAAUUAAUCAUUACGGGUAAAAAACAUUCUUACCUGUAAGGAUUUAUUUUAUGAUAAUGUUUUAUGUGUUAAACAUAGGCACUAAUGCUCUCGCCCAGGGCCGGCCUUAGGGGUGUGAGAGCUGUGCGGCCGCACAGGGCACCAUGGAGCAGGGGGCGCCCUGACUGCCGACACAGCUCGCACAUAGCCGGUAUCAGGGGAGCUAAAACAGGUACCCGGGUGGAGGAUUAAUUAUUCUCCACCCAGGUCUAAAAAAAGAAGAAGCAGGGGGUGGGGCUUAAUGAGCUGCAGGGGCGGGGUUUAAUGAGCGACGGGGCGGGGCUUAACGAGUGGCGGAGGCAGAGCUAAUAAAUACCCGAAGCCCCCUGGAAACUGCUGCACAGGAACUGCAUCCACUCCUCCUUCCAGCAGUAAUGGAAAGAGGUGUGUGUGUGUGUGACUGCUUGUUUGUGUGACUGCGUGUGUGACUGCCUGCCUCUGUGUUACUGUUUGCCUGUUUGUGUGACUGACUGCCUCUGUGUGUCUGUGUGUGACUGUUUGCUUGUUUGUGUGACUGCCUGUGUGUGUGUGUGACUGCCUGCCUGUGUGUGACUGUUUGCCUGUUUGUGUGACUGCCUGUGUGUGUGUGUGUGACUGCCUGCAUGUGACUGUUUGCCUGUUUGUUUGUGUGACUGCCUGUGUGUGUGUGUGUGUGUGUGUGUGCCUGCCUGUGUGUGACUGUUUGCCUGUUUGUGUGACUGCCUGUGUGUGUGUGUGCGGGACUGUUUGCCUGUUUGUGUGACUGCCUGUGUGUGUGUGUGUGUGUGUGUGUGUAUGUGAGACUGCUUGUGCCUGUUUGUGUUGUGUGACUGCCUGCGUGUGUGUGUGUGUGUGUGUGUGUGUGCGUCUGCCCGCUCCGUGACUGUUUGCUCCUGUCGCAGUGGACUGCCUGUGUGUGUGUGUGUGGACUGCCCGUGUGUGUGUGAGACUGCCUGCCUGUGUGUGUGACUGCCUGCCUGUGUGUGUUUGUUUGUGUGACUGCCUGCCUGUGUGGAGACUGCCUGCCUGUGUGUGACUGUUUGCCUGUUUGUGUGACUGCCUGUAUGUGUUAGUGAGCCUGCCUGUGUGUGACUGUUUGCCUGUUUGUGUGACUGCCUGUGUGUGUGACUGCCUGCCUGUGUGUGACUGUUUGCCUGUUUGUGUGACUGCCUGUGUGUGUGUGUGUGUGUGUGUGUGAGACUGCCUGCCUGUGUGUGUGACUGUUUGCCUGUUUGUGCGGGACUGCCUGUGUGUGUGUGUGUGUGCGGGACUGCCUGCCUGUGUGUGACUGUUUGCCUGUUUGUGUGUGUGAUUGCCUGACUGUGUGUACUGUUUGCCUGUUUGUGUGACUGCCGUGUGUGUGUGUGUGACUGCCUGCCUGUGUGUGACUGUUUGCUUGUUUGUGUGACUGCCUGCCUGUUUGUGUGUGUGUGUGUGACUGCCUGUGUGUAACUGUUUGCCUGUUUGUGUGACUGCCUGCCUCUGUGUGUGUGACUGCCUGCCUCUGUCUGUCUGCCUGUGUGUGUGUGUCUGCCUGCCUGUGUGUGACUGUUUGCCUGUUUGUGUGACUGCCUCUGUGUGUGUGUGUGUGACUGCCUGCCUCUGUGUGUGUGACUGCCUGCCUCUGUGUGACUGUUUGCCUGUUUGUGUGACUGCCUGCCUCUGUGUGUGCGUGUGUGUGAGACUGCCUGCCUGUGUGUGACUUUUUGCCUGUUUCUGUGACUGCCUGUGUAUGUGUGACUGCCUGCCUUUGUGUGACUGUUUGCCUGUGUGUGUGUGUGUGACUGACUGCCUGUGUGUGACUGUUUGACUGUUUGUGUGACUGCCUGUGUGUGUGUGUGACUGUUUGCCUGUUUGUGUGAUUGCCUGUGUGUGUGUGUGUGUGACUGCCUGCCUGUGUGACUGUUUGCCUGUUUGUGUGACUGCCCCUCGUGUGUGUGUGUGUGUGUGUGAGACUGCCUGCAUGUGUGUGACUGUUUGCCUGUUUGCUGCCUGUGUGUGUGUGUGUGUGUGUGUGUGUGUGACUGCCUGCCUCUGUGUGACUGUUUGCCUGUUUGUGUGACUGCCCGCCUGUCUGUCUUGUGGGAAUAUUUAUGGGAUAAUAAUAGUAAACAGUUGAGAAUUGCCCACUAAUUCAAUUCUCAGAUCCCAAAGAACGUUUAUCGUGUUAAGUGGAAUGUAUUUCAUAUAAUAAUAUCACAAUGUAUAAAAAUAGAUUUUAUUUAUGAUAACCAAUAAUUAACAAAUAAUAUUAUGUAACAUGCAUAACAAUAAUCAAUGAAUAUCCAGUACAAAAUUAUAUGCAAUACAAAGGAAUGGGUAUUACGUUUCAAUGGCUAACUAGCAUUUUCUGUCAAGAAUUCUGACGAUUUAUGACUAGCUUCCACAGACUGAAAGUGAAACUUUUCACAGCGAAGAACAGAAUUCCUCAGAGUGCAGCGUAAGGCCGUAAAGUUUAGCAGACAGUUAGAAUAACCCUUUCAAUGCUGGCUAGAUCUCCUAGGUAGUUAAGAUCUAUUCUUAUGUAAUUUUUAAAUAAAAUAACAUUUAAACCAGUUUAAAUUCAUUUUCUUAAACCAUCCAAUAAGAGAAUUUACCAUUAUAUAAGCAGAUUUUAAUUUGUCUAAAAGAUAUCUAUCUUAAUUUAGAGCAAAUCGAUACACCUGGAUAAAAACAGCGGUAUGCUAACACGUGAUAAUAUCACAUCAAUAUAUAAUUAUUCUUAAUUCCACCUGCAGAAUGGAAUGUUUAUAACUAUAUAUUCUUAGUUAACUAAGAUUUCUUAAUAUGGAAAUCUGACCGUGCUUUAUCCAGUCAUAUAUAAUGCUAUUAAUAUAUUUUAAUUAAUUUAAUUUAAUUAAAUGAAACCAGUAUAAUUACCAGUUGAGUAGAUAUUUCAUCCGAUUGGUAGUCUCUCUGCAUGGAGGUGUUGGUUAGAAAGUCAGUAAAUUCUAAGUGUUAGAGUUUUAGGAGUAGAGUGUUAGUCUCAGAUGUUGUCCGAGUUGGAAUCCCCAAACUUCCAAUUCCUCUCUCCUCUCCUUUGCAUAUCUUGCAUCUGCCUCCUCUCCUCGUAUCUCUCUAUCUUCCCUUUGUCUUAACUUUUAAAGGGCCAGACUCUCUGUACGUCAUCAGUUGAUAACCCAAUAGAAGCACUAGAGGUGUGGUUAUCUUCCAGAUCGCAAAUUAGGUAUUUGGUCUGUAGAGGGCAGUCUUGUCCCACUAAACAUACCUAUCCAGGAAAGAGUUAACUUUUCCUGUUGGCUAUUUUGACGUCAUUUUGGCCUAUCUAGAUAGUGGCUAUAACUUACGUAUCCUUCAAAGAUCAAAGGGGUUCUUAAAUUUUGUCCAGACUAUGUGUCUGCAAAUCUGCUAUAAUUUCUGAUAUGACAGAUCAUGAACUAAGUUUACCCUUUUCCAUACAAUGGUACCUUAUAUGUAUAGACAGUUAAAUAUUAAAUUAUUUAAUCUUCUCUGUCACAAUUGUCUGGGUUUAGAUUUGAUUAUAUUCUUCUUAUCACUUGUUUAUACUAUGCUAUGCAUUCCUUAGCUCUGGCAAAGAGGCCAGUCUUACAGAAAGAAAUCUAGUGUCUUCUUUGUUAACUUGAAAUAACAAAAUGGAGUCUGGUCUGUUCAGAGUGACUCAGAAUAUACACUUUUAGUUUCUAUCAUAGCACAAAAUGUCUGCCGAUAUAAAUACUCUGACAGUCUGCCUGUGUGUGUUGUGUGACUGUUUGCCUGUUUGUGUGACUGCCUCCCUGUUUGUGUGACUGCCUGCCUCUGUGUGACUGUUUGCCUGUUUGCGUGACUGCCUGCCUCUGUGUGUGUGUGUGUGUGACUGCCUCCAUGUGUGUAACUGUCUGUCUGAGUGUGUAUGUGUGACUGUCUGUCUGAGUGUGUGUGUGUGACUGUCUGCCUGUUUGUGUGUGUGUGACUUUCUGCUUGUGUGUGUGUGACUGUAACUGUGUGUGUGACUGUGUGUGACUCCAAUUGUGUGUGUCGCUGUAGCUGUGCUGUUGUGUGUGCCUGUAUGUGUGACUAGCUGCCUUUAACUGAGUGUGUGCCUAUCAAGUGCAAGAGUGCCUGCAUCCCUGUAACUGAGAGUGUCUGACUGUCUGCCUAUGUGUGUGACUGUAUACCGGCAACUUGGUGGGGGAAGGGGCGCCGUGAAGAGCUUUCGCACAGGGCGCCUAAUGGCCUAAGGCCGGCCCUGUCCUUGCCCCCUUUAGUUUCCCUUCAAGGUACCCAUACACAGGAUACUGUACAAUGACACUGAACUAUUUAAUAAAAAGCAAUGUCCAGGAGUGGCACUUGACAAAUCAUUGAAAAUCACCACUCCAAUUACAUUUUCCUUCCUAUAAUCUACUAAUUGAACAUUACACUACAAAGCUGAAUUCAAUAUAAUUAUAGAAGAUUGCUAACAUUGUAACUAUAUAGAAUAUAAAAUAUGCAGAUUAAUUUACCUUUUCAGAGCUUGUAGAAGGGGUUUUGCUUCACAAAACAUGCAUGUUAUUACUUAAGUAUUUAUUUUGAAAUAAAAUGAAAAAAAAUUAAACAGCAAAGACACACUGCCAUCCUACAGUGCAUUGUGCGUAAUUCAAAGAAGAUACAACUUGCUCUGCUAAAAUAUGUGGGCAACAUAAAAAAAAAAAGCAUUCAAAUAUAUAUUAUUUAACCCCUUAAGGACCGAGGACGGUUCAGGACCGUCAUCGGCAUUUUUGCCUUGCCGACCGAUGACGGUCCUGAACCGUCCUAACGGUCUGGGGGUACUUACCUGAUCGCCGUCGUUCCCCUGGCGGCGAUCAGUGUUCCUCCGGUUGUGGGGAGACUGCCUGCAGCCCAGACAGUCUCCCCACACUGAAUUAGGACCCCUGUGGCCAUGUGAUCGCUUAACAGAGCGAUCACAUGGUCACAAUAGGUGUCCAUGUGUCUGCCUGCAGGGGGACUGUCUGUGCUGACAGGCAAUCUCCCUGCAUGUGUAAAAUCAGUAAAAAAAAUAAAGUUAAUGGUAAUAAAAAAAAUAAUAAUAAUUAUAUAUGUAUAAAUGAUAUAUAGACAUAUAUUAUAUCUAUAUAAUAUAUGUCUAUAUAUCAUAUAUAUAUAAUGUCAUACUAAGUGUAUUUUUAUAUUAAUAUGUACUUAUAUUAAUAUAAAAUACACUUAUAAUUAAAUUACACACGUAUAUAUAUAAUAUAUAUAAUAACUAUAUAUAUUGUAUAUAUAUAUUAUUAUAAAAUAUAAAUAAUAAGUAAUUUAAAUUAAAUAAAUUUUUUUAAAUAAUAAUAAAAAUUAAAAAAAAAUUAUAUAUCUAUAUGAAAUUUUAUUCUAACUGUAUUUUAAAAUUAAUAUAUAUAUAUUUAUAUCAAAAUACACUUAGAAUGAAUUUGUACAUAUAUCUAUGUAUAUAUAAAUAAAUAAAAAUAAUACGAAAUAUACAUAUGUCCAUAUACAAAAUUACAUAAAUAAUUAUAUAAAUAUACACGUAGACUUAAACUAUAUAAAUAUGCAUAUAUAUUUAAAUUCUACGUGCAUAUUUAUGUAAUAUUUUUACAUAAUUCAGUAAUUUUAUUGAUUGCAAUUUGAGGGACCUGCCUGCCAACCCAGGCCGAAAUUCCAGAGAAUUUAAUUUGUUAGCACUGUAUUUUACCCUGUAACGUUCUACGACACCCUAAAACCUGUACAUGGGGGGUACUGUUUUACUCGGGAGACUUCGCUGAACACAAAUAUUAGUGAUUCAAAACAGUAAAACAUAUCACAGCGAUGAUAUUGUCAGUGAAAGUUACUUUUUUGCAUUUUUCACACACAAACAGCACUUUUACUGAUGAUAUAAUUGUUGUGAUACGUUUUCCUGUUUUGAAACACUAAUAUUUGUGUUCAGCAAAGUCUCCUGAGUAUAACAGUACCCCCCAUGUACAGGUUUUAUAGCAUUUUGAAAGUUACAGGGUCAAAUAUAUGGGUCAAAUAUUUUUACAUUGAAAAUGGCCAGGUUGGUUACGUUGCCUUUGAGAGCGUAUGGUAGCCCAGGAAUUAGAAUUACCCCCAUGAUGGCAUACCAUUUGCAAAAGAAGACAACCCAAGGUAUUGCAAAUGGGGUAUGUCCAGUCUUUUUUAGUAACCACUUGGUCACAAACACUGGCCAAAAUUAGCGUUCAAUUUCGUUUUUUAACUUUUUUCACACACAAACAAAUAUGAAUGCUUACUUUGGCCAGUGUUUUCGACUAAGUGGCUACUAAAAAAGACUGGACAUACCCCAUAUUGAAUACCCUGGGUUGUUUACUUUAAAAAAAAUAUGUACAUGUGGGGUGUUAUUCAGAGAUUUAUGACAGAUAAUAGUGUUAUAAUGUCACUAUUGAUAAAUUUUAAAAAUGUAUGUUUUGAAACCGCAAUAUCCUACUUGUACCUAUAGCCCUAUAACAUGCAAAAAAAAGCAAAAAAGCACGUAAACACUAGGUAUUUUAAACUCAGGACAAAAUUUUGAAUCUAUUUAGCAGUUUUUUUCAUUCGCUUUUGUAGAUGAGUAAAAGAUUUUUCAAGUAAAAGUCAAAAAACAUGUAUUUUUUUCAAUUUUUCAUCAGAUUUUUGUAUUUUUUUAAAAUUAAAAUACAUGAGAUUAUAUAAAUAAUGGUAUGUAAAGAAAGCCCUUUUUGUCCUGAAAAAAACAAUAUAUAAUUUGUAUGGGAACAGUAAAUGAGAAAGCGGAAAAUUACAGCCAAACACAAACACCACAAAAGUGUAAAAAUAUUCCGGUCGCAAAUGUACAACAUCGCAAAAACAGUCCAGUCCUUAAGGGGUUAAACAUAACAAAGUGAUCAUUUCGCCUUUUAGCAAAGAUUGGUCCUCGUUGGCUGCUGUAGUCAUGCAGUGGUUGCCUUAGCAACGCGUCUUUCCGAACGUUCUAAUGUUACACAGCGUUCUAACAGAAGCUAAGUGUUGCUCUGUAAAGAGGAUUGUGGGAGUGAAUCCUGUUUCCCAUAGAAAGUGCAGCCAUGGAUGCCUAUAAUGUAAGGUGUGCUCGCUGAGACUGACCUGUGCACGAACAGCCACUUACCUGCGUGGUAAGUAGCACUGCACAACAAUGCUGAGUGUCUGCAUGAUAUAACAGUACAUGGCUAAUCGUUAGCACUCCAGCUUUUGUGGGCUUCCUAUCCCAGGCUUUCUCUUGCAGAGCAUCAUGGGAAUUGAAGUCCACAGUUGUUGGAGUGCAGUGCUGUUUAUUCUUCACAACACAUGCUAUUGCUAUACUUUACUGAUCGCAUUUUCUAAGAAUGGAUAGUGUGAACUCUUUUGUACCUCAAAAUAAUGGCUUCUGUAUUGAGGUUGGAGAAAUACUUGCAAAAUUACUUUAAAUUAUAGGUAGAGCCUACAGGUGAUACAAAAUGAAAUAUGCACGUGACGGUUAAUAGACUGAAUUCAUUAUGUAACAUGUACACAAUAGUUGAAUGUUGAAGUACUUUAUAAUGUGUUUAUAUGUCUUAUUGAUAGCUGUUAUACAUUCAUGGUUUUGGCAAUUUGUAUUGUGAAGUUUCCACUUAGGUUCUGACAAUGCUGAGCAUUGUUUAUAUCGUGGUAAGUAGAUGAGUUUCUGGAAUUUGAGCAGUGACCACACAACAUUUCUAUCCAUUUACUGUUACAUUAAUGUUUAAUAUUAUAUGAAAAGGACAGCAUAAUGAAAAGGCUAAAAUUAAUAAAAAAAAAAUUUUUUUAAAAAAACAACAGUUUUAUUAAUUUUGAGCAUAUAAUAUAUUGCAAUCUGAAUAUUUGUCUGUUUGAAGUAUCCACCCAUCCAUCCAAUAGGCUCCUGUGUCUAACAUUUACCUCACAAUGCAUUCUAUUAACAAUAGCUUUGCUCGUUUUAUAACUUGGGUCUUAUGCAAUGCUGAUGUAAUAAUACACAUCUGCUAAAGGGGGCCAAAUGCAAGGAAUCUGUAACACUCACCUCACAAUAUACAUGAUUAUAUUUGCCUGGAAGGCAGACCAGUUUCAUCUUAUAAGGAGAGUUUGAGGCAAACAGAUAAAAACAGGGAGAGUAUAUAGAUAGUAAAACGAGACCAAACAAUCUUUCUGCCUCUGAAGGUCUGAAAUGAAAUAUCUGCUAAGACUUUGGGCUAUAAGUAUGCAUGAUUGGAGUGGGCUCUGUGUGUGUAUAUUUUCACCAGUCAUUUCAAUGGUGGGACCUCUGAUACUCUUCUAUAAUGUAUCAAUGUCCAACAUAUUCUUUGUCAGGGAUGUUAUCAGGAUAUCAUGUGUUGUGUCAUGGGGAAAAGGAAAAAAGAUUAAUUUUAGAAAAACAAAACACUAUCUGUUUAUAGAAGUAGAAGUAUAUAUUUUCAGUAAAAUUUUCAAAAACAGCAAUACAUAAUUUUGUAUAAAUUAUCUACAUUGCAUUUACAGUAUAUACAACAUUUAUCAUAUGCUAUUAUCAUUCUUGGUCCUUUUACAAAUUAAAUCAUAACCACUUACAAAUAUAUGGUAAAAUAAUUUAUUGUGUAGUUCGUAAACUUAAUCCUUCAUCUCACACAGGUAAGCAUCAAGGGAGUUGUAGUCCACACUUCCUGAAGUGUCAGACAGAUAACUCUGCUCUAAAGUGAGCAGUGCAGAGAUAUAUAUGAAGCCUUGAGUAUACAGUGUUGUGGUUGUCACUCGUUCUAAAUAAAUCAUAGAGCAGCCUAUGAUUUUAAAAUAAGUUGCAAGUUAAAUUGAUUGAGGUGUAUUAUAUAUUUAAGUUAAACAUCUCAGCUUAGUCUUGGGAGGUUGUUGCUGUAUUAAUGUUUUGUCCUUGUAGCUCUUAAUCAUAGGCUGAUUCGCUUGUCUAAGAACAAACUUUGAUUAUGUUAAACUCACUGCAAGAAGAGAUUCUAUAUACCUGCUAGAGUUGUUUAUAAUGGCAUGUGAUGACUUAUAUUCAAUAAAACAAUACUGAAAUAUUGUGAGGAAUGAACAAUUAAACAAUACAUAUGCAGAGAUAUGUUAUCUCUGCAAGUACAGCGAUAACUGGAGUCAAUUUUUUUAUGUAGAAUGAAUAACGGUUCAGGCAUUUCAGGAUAACAGAAAUAGCAGCUUUAUUGGGGCAAAAGCGGUAACGUUUCGGCCCUACCAGGUUUUUAUCAAGCUAUUUGGUGAGUGCGGUAUCCAGUACAUCUCAUGUUUUUAUGUAGGCUGCCAUGAUGCAUUUUAUUAUGUGUAUAACAUGAUAUAACACUGUGUAUGGAUCAGAUGCUAAUCAGCACAGGACAUAGAGGAAGUUGCAGUGCCAUAGGAGGGGAAAAGAAGGGAAAAAUUAGAAAACAAAAAUGGGGGGUGGGGGGAAUAAGAAGAUAAAGGAAAGUAAUUAAAGUGGUAUAAAAAGGAAGAUAGGGGAGCGAGGGGCAGAUUUGUUGAGGGAAAAUCGUUGCUGGCACAGACACCCCACUUUCUGCUAGAGCUCCAUCAACUCUGCUCCCAGUUGUGGUCUCUCAUUGAGUCCAUCACUUCAAUCCUCCAACUCCAUUUGAUGCCGUCUCCCAUAUGUCUGGAUGUUGAGGGUUUAUAUUGUAUAUAAUUCACAGAUAAGUCUUUAAAAGUAGUUUACUUUUCACGAUUUUUCACAGACAUUGUUAAAGUAAUGGAUGAAAAGGGAUCCGGCUGCUUUUUGAAGAACAAUUCGGCAAGUGAAGUUACUAGAAAGCAAGCACUGACGAUGAAGGUCCCAGUGCAAGGAUUAGGUUCUUAUUUCAACAAAGCUUCAAAUAACACGUUGGACCUCAGCAAGAAAAACCUGCAUUGCCUUGCUGAAGACCUUUACAAAAGCAACCGUUACCUACAGGUAUUGAAACUUGAUGUAUGCUGUGUUUAGCCAAGUAUUCCUAAGAAACAACAUACUUAAUGAAAGUGCUACUAAUGCACUAAAUCAUGUAUUGCAUUAACGGGACACUAUAGGCACGCAGACCACUUCAUCAAAUUAAAGUGGUCUGGGUGCACUGUCCCUGUCCCUUUAACACUGCAAUGUAAAACAGGUUUAGCGAAACUUCAAUGUUUUCUUUGCAUGGUUAAACCUGCCUCUAGUGGUUGUCUAUCAGACAGCUACUACAAGUGUUUCAUGGAGUUUAAAUGACGCUGAACGCCCUCUCGCUGUGAAUGAGGGCAUCCAGUGUCUUGAAAUCCCCCAGAGGACAGCAUUGAUAUAAUGCUUUCCUAGAGGGAAGUCCUAAUGUGCAGGAAUAAGGUAAACAAACAAAAGGGUUUAUUAAACCUUUGACAACCAUGGGUAGUGGGGGCACGAGUGAGGGGUUCAGAGGAACACUAUAGUGUUAGUAAUGCAGCUUUUGUAUUUCUAACACUAUAGUGUUCCUUUAAGAGAAGUUAAGUAAAUACUCACCUCCUCUCCAUCGUAAAAGUACCUCAAUGAUCUGGGAUUCGUGUUGUCACCACAGGAGCAGGGCUAGGCAACCUUCUGAACUCCAGAUGGACAACAUUUCCCUGGAUGCCUUAGUAUGGCUGUAAGAGUAUUACGAGAUGUGGAGUCCACAACAUAUGGAUUGCCAAAGAUUGCUUAUCAUUGUCCUAGACUAGAGUAACACCUAUCCCCUCCUCCUGCCUACACACUUUAUUGCCAACUCAACUGCAUCAGAACAGUGACAGCUGUCAGUCAGUUCCAAUACUCCUCUAGCAAGCAUCAGCCGAGCGCACCAUAGGAGUAAUCACAGCAACAACAUGUACAUUGUAGUUGCUGUGAUAAGAGGAGUUGCUCAGUAUGAAAAACAGCUUAUCAGCUGCACUAUGUUGCUGAGAAUUCAUUUAAUGUAUUUUAAUUUUUUUUUCUUGCCAAAAGUAUUUUAUUAACAAGUGUUAUACGCAUGUUAUCAGCAAGUGUUACUGAUUUUGUGUUUUUCUUUCUCUUCAGAAUUUACAUUUAGAAGGGAAUUCUCUGAUCUCAAUUCCUGAGAAACUUUUUCUUCAGCUGCAGCACCUUGUGUGGUUGGAUCUUCGAUACAAUAAAAUUACAAGCCUGCCACAAACCAUCGGAGAACUAAGGUUCAUUGCUUAUUUAUUUAAUUAG